AUGCUUUAAGUUUAGACAAACCUUUUUAUGAAGAGUCUUGGAAUAGAUUUAAUCAAUAUAGGGAAGAUGCUAAUGAAGCUAUUAACUUGAUGAGAAAUGCAGGUAAUGGCAUUGUGUAUUUGGAAGAUGAGUCUUUUACAAUUCCUGAAAGUGGGUAUCAACUGUAUGGGAGUCCAUAUACUCCAAGAUUUUAUGACUGGGCUUUCAAUGGAGAUCGUGGAUCAUUCUUAAAGGAAAAGUGGUCAAAAAUACCACCUACUACGCAUAUCCUUAUGACACAUGGGCCACCGUCCGGCAUUUUGGAUCUCACUGCAAGUGGAGAAAGUGCUGGAUGUGUAGAUCUUUUACAACGAAUUCAAGAAAUUAAACCUUUAGUUCAUGUGUUUGGUCAUAUUCAUGAGGGUUAUGGUGUCUUGGAAAAGAAAUGGGAAGCAGAAAAUAAUGAAGAUAAAAACUCAACUAUUUUUAUUAAUGCGUCAUCGGUAACUCGAGGAUAUAAACCCAAAAAUAACGCGAUCGUGUUUGAUUUACCUCCACUAAAUUGA